CUUUCCACCGGUGGAGGCAACUUGGCCGCCGAGAGCGGAGGUGGAGGUCGGGCCUUAGGUGGGCAGGGGUUUCCGCACGUCCCGGAGCGACCGGUGAAGUCUGCAGCGCGAUGAGGGAACUCAACCCGCCCUCUGCCCUUAUUCCAGGCAACUAUGAAAGAGCAGAUCAUUCAGGACUUGCAACUGCAAUAAAAAAAAACCUUGGCUUCUGAUGCCAAGUUGGCAUCAUCCACUCAAAUCCUUAGGAAAGAGAGUCCCAAGUAUUGUGGAUUGGAAGCAUCCAUGGAAUUUUCUACCGAAGUGAAUCAGCUCCUUCAGCAAAGUAUGGUUUUGACAGCCUCUGAAUCCCAGAGGUUAUACACACACGCAGACAGAAGCCGGCUCGGGAAGCGAUGGAGCUCGCAGGGUGCAGCCGGCGCGAGUGUGGGGGUCGGGUCCUCGGCAGGACGAAGCCGCUGCUCGUUGUCCUCUGGCUGCUGGGCGUCCUGGCGUGGCGAUGCGGGGCGGACAGCGCCAUGGAGGAGAUCGCCACCGAGAAGGAGGCGGAAGAAAGCCACCGGCAGGACAGCGCUAAUCUGCUGCUGUUCAUCUUGCUGCUUACGCUCACCAUCCUCACUAUAUGGCUGUUCAAACACCGCCGCUUUCGUUUCCUCCAUGAGACUGGCUUGGCAAUGAUAUAUGGGCUUCUUGUGGGAGUCAUCCUAAGAUACGGCAUCCCCUCCACCAACGGCCAUGGCAAGGUUCCGAUUGGCUGUGCACUGCAGGACAGGGCUGUGACCACUCUACUGGUGAAUGUCAGUGGAAAGUUCUAUGAAUAUUCCUUGAAAGGAGAGAUCAAUUCUGGGGAAAUCAACAAUGUGGAACAGGAUGACAUGUUGAGGAAGGUAACCUUUGAUCCAGAUGUUUUCUUCAACAUUUUGCUACCUCCAAUCAUAUUCUAUGCGGGAUACAGCCUCAAAAAGAGACACUUCUUCCGGAAUCUGGGCUCUAUCCUGGCAUACGCAUUUAUUGGAACCGCGGUGUCCUGUUUUGUCAUAGGAAACUUCAUGUAUGGCAUUGUGAAGCUGAUGUAUGCAGUGGGACAGCUUAAAGACGGGUUUUAUUACACUGACUGCCUGUUUUUUGGUGCUAUCAUUUCUGCAACUGAUCCUGUCACUGUCCUUGCCAUAUUCAAUGAGCUUCAAGUGGACGUAGACCUUUAUGCCCUGCUGUUUGGAGAGAGCGUGUUGAAUGAUGCCGUCGCUAUUGUGCUCUCGUCGUCCAUUGUGGCGUACCAGCCAGCAGGUGAGAACAGCCACACUUUUGAUGCUGCUGCUUUCUUCAAGUGUGUGGGAGUCUUCCUUGGAAUAUUCAGUGGCUCUUUUGCCAUGGGGGCAGUGACGGGAGUGCUUACUGCUCUGGUCACCAAGUUCACCAAACUGCACUGCUUCCCACUCCUGGAGACAGCACUAUUUUUCUUAAUGUCCUGGAGCACCUUCCUGCUGGCAGAAGCCUGUGGCUUCACUGGUGUUGUCGCAGUUCUUUUCUGUGGAAUUACACAGGCUCAUUAUACCUACAACAACUUGUCGCCUGAAUCAAGAGAUCGAACAAAGCAGUUAUUCGAAGUUCUGAAUUUCUUGGCUGAAAACUUCAUAUUUUCCUAUAUGGGUUUGGCGCUGUUCACGUUUCAGAAUCACAUCUUCAACCCCAUUUUCAUUCUUGGAGCUUUUAUCGCUAUCCUGCUGGGCAGAGCUGCGAAUAUUUACCCUCUGUCUUUUUUCCUGAACUUGGGCAGAAAGCACAAGAUUGGUUGGAAUUUCCAGCACAUGAUGAUGAUUGCAGGUUUGAGAGGAGCCAUGGCCUUCGCCCUCGCUAUCCGAGACACUGCCACUUACGCCAGGCAGAUGAUGUUCACCACCACCCUGCUGAUCGUCUUUUUCACAGUAUGGGUCUUCGGUGGAGGCACCACUCCAACAUUGUCAUGGCUACGGAUCAGAGUCGGUGACCCGCCUCCGUCGGCUGAGGAUCUGGGCGAUACCCACUGGAGUUACUUCAGAGUUGGAGUCGACCCAGACCAGGAUCCUGCACCCAACAAUGAGAGCUUUCAAGUGAUUCAAGGCGAUGUUACACACCCUGAAAGGACUAGCAGGACGAAGCAGGAAAGUGCAUGGCUCUUCAGGCUGUGGUACAGCUUUGACCACAAUUACCUGAAGCCAAUACUAACUCACAGUGGUCCUCCGCUCACAGCUACUCUGCCUGGCUGGUGUGGUCCAAUUGCACGGUGCCUGACCAGUCCUCAAGCAUACGAAAAUCAAGAACAGCUCCGGGACGAUGACUCUGAUCUCAUACUUAAUGACGGCGACCUGAAUUUGACUUAUGGAGGGAGUACACUAACAGCUAAUGGCUCAUCCGGCUCGGGCACUGCAUCCAACAGUGUGGACGGCAAGAGAACCAAGAGCAUCUCGGAAGAUGCACUGGAACAUGAUCUCGGAACAGAAGACCACGAGCUCAUUACCAGAGGCACCAGAUUAGUUUUCCCUUUGGAAGAUCACGCUUGACAGCAAUAACGUCAGUGAGGCGCCCAGCGGCCUGAGAAGGAUCAAAGCCUAUUUUGUUCUUGGCAAUGGGACUGAACUGGUUUGCCUGUGUGUUUUCUUUAUUUCCCCCCCUCAUCUUUCUCCUCAAAACCUCUUGGCUCAGCUUCUCACAGUGCAAGAAUGUGAAGACAUCUGUGUGUGGCAUUUCAUUAAGCUUUAACUUUGGUAUGAAAAUGCCAUGACUACUGUAUUGUUGGUGCCAUUGCUGUGCAAUUAGUUCAUUGACUGACUGACUUAGCCUCAACACUGUGAUGCUUCUCUUAAAACCCCAGUUAAGAGUGCAUGUACGCUGGUGUGGCAUGACAGCACUGAAAACAGUCGUGUCACAUGAUGCUGUCGACCUGUGGCAUUGUCGACACCAGCUGCAGUGAGUGCUCUUCCAGCCCGUAGCCUUUAGGUUCAAAGUAAUAAAAGAGAGGGUGAGGAGGUGUACUAACUAUACACAUUUCUAAUCCCAGAGAAGCGUCAGCCGUCUCUCUUCUGCCACUGGAAGCGACACUCGACUCAGUUCCUGAUGUACGGAGUUCUGGUCGCAUGUUACAGUUUGCACUUUUUUUAAAAACCUCCUCCCCAGUGAUGUGAGCAGUUGCUAUGAACACGUUUGCCCCCACCCCCUCGUUGGUCCAACUUCAGGUGACGGGCAUUACAGGAGGAAUGUCUGCUGAGAGAUAUUGAAACCUCAGUGAAAUGGAAUUCUGUCCUUCAAAGGAUCUGUGAUAGAGAAAGGACUAUAAGCUUACUGCUUAAACUGAAGGCACAUUGCUUUCUUGCUGUUGGUUUUGCUGUUGCGAAAUGCACCUGUGUGCUUGCACCAGAGCAGUUUGUGGCUGCUGUGUUCUUUUGUCAAUAUAUUUAAAAUGUCAUUACAUGAUGUUCACUGUUUUAAUACUGAUACUUGUUAGCUAAUGAUCACUUUAAACAAAGAAAGAUGUAAUGGGAGAAGUAGACUUAGAGAUUGUAUGAGUUUUCCUAAAUUUACUGGACUUUGUCACGUUGUGCUACCGCCACACCAAGACAUUUUUUCAUUGUUGUUCUCACCUCAACGUGGAUAACUGAGGAACCAUUUCUCCAGGAUCUCUUUCACCUGCUAGGGACUGGGAAAGGUUGAGAAUUUAUAUCUCCUUUUGGUCAUUUCUGGACAGUGGCUAUUUAAAAUGCUGAUGAAUUGGAACGGUGUCUAGCCAAAGAAAAUCAAUGCAAUUUUUGCAAUUUUUUUUUUAAUGGCUGUAAGAUUAUUUGACUUUUGCUUCCUUUUCGUAUCACUUUAAGGGGCCAUGUUUCUUGGUUUCGUUGGAAUAAUGGAAAUAAGCAGGAGGAUGGUGGUGAAAGUUUCUAUGGAGAAUGAAUGGAAUCGGCGUGACUGGCUUCUCUUACUGCUCCCAGCAUCAACUGUCCAUCAGGGUCAGAUGCUACAAGUGCAACUAAUAUUGACUCAUUCUCCCAGUAGGCAUGAAGGUACAUUUCCCCUGCUUUUCACUUGGCUCAAAAAGUCAAACUAGCUGAUCUCAGUCUUUGUGGAGAUAAAGCAGCACAAUGAGUUCAGGAGGGAGGUUUCCAAUAUUGCUCAUGUAUAAAAACCAGGUAAUUUGAGGGAUAUACUUCCUCCUGUUCAAAGAAUCAUGUUGAUCUGAAAAUGUACCUUGAGGUGAAAGGGGCAGGUUUUUUCCUCUGCUUUGGUUAGAGGAAGCGGAUGCAUUGAAAUGGACACGAUGAGCGGACAAAGGAUGGCAGAUGUUCAGCAAAGUAUGCGGCUGUCCUUUGCGACCCGUUCGUUUAGUGAACUGCUUGAUGGAGUUGGUCAGCAGCAGUGUCUCUUUGCAAUUUUGUUCAGCAGCUCCUGAAGUGAAAGACAAUGCAGAGCCUAAUCAGGCCUUGUAAUCUAUUUAUUUUCAUCCGUCCUUUUUGAUGAUGUGUGAAAGUUGGAGGGCAAGUUCCAUUAAAACUAAUCUUUUUUCCAUGAGGCAAAUGCAAGAGUUUUUAAAGUCAGUGAUAGUUCCCAGAAAAUAUUUGUUUGAAAUAAUCAAAUAUUAGGAUUUAUUUGAACUGAUUUUUUUUCUCUUGAUUUUGUGUUUUAUUUGCCAAAACCUUUGUUGGCAUGGCAUACUUCAUUUUGUAUUUAAUUUCAAUUCGAGCAAGGUUUUGUAGUGUAGAGGGAAUAGUGAGCUGGUCUGAAUUAGUUGUUUUUAAUUAAAAUGGUCCCAGAAUCUAAUGCUUUGAUUAUGUAUUUCCUCAAGGUGCUUUAGCUUAAUGAAAGAAUUUAUUAUGGAAAAUUCAGUUAAUUGUUCUUUGUAAUGGCUUCAAUUUCACAAAGGUGAAAAUUUGAAAAUGGAGAAUAAGCUCAAGGGAGCAAAAUAGUUGAAGAUGUAAAUGAGUUACAAAGCCAAUAUUUUUGUAGUUAUGGCUGAGAUACUGUGCAUUGCAUUUAACUUGUUUUCUUGGGAUUGUUAGCCACAAUAGUGCUUUAAUCUUGAAAGGUGGUUUCACCAAAACCAUGGUUCUCUUCUUCUGUGCUUGUUCUUCUCCACUGUCAUGCCACGAACUGAAAAUGGAGCUGAACCAAGUUGAAAGCGGGGUUGAGCAUUUACCUUUCUGAGAUUCGCAUCUGACCUGAGUGCUGGCAUGUGACCAUAUCCGAUAGCAAUGGAAGUUUUUCCUGGUUCCUUCCCUAGCUACGUAGAUGAUGGAAUUGAAACUGAUCAGGAUUUUUUUUUAUACAUCACAUUUCAAGCUGUAUAUAUAGUCACGAUAGUGAAGGAAAUGGGCAUUUCUAUACAUUGAGCUCUAUUACACUUGUUUCUGAAAUAUCCCCCAUGCUUGCAGAAGAAUUCUGACAGCUUUGGUCAGGAAUACUGAACGAUCCCCUUGUAAGUUACCAACAUACCCCAGGCACAUUUUAGAGGCUGAUCUCUGAUCCGACAGCCUUCCUUAAAAUUUUCUGUUGGUGGGUUUAUUGGAUGUUAAUUUGUUAGUCAGAUUGUGAUUCUAGAACCUAUUUCAUUUGAAGUUUAGUGUUCAAAUUUGAUCGGUGAUUACACGGUGAUUAAACUACAAUUUUAUCUGCACUGAAAAAGAAAAUUGAAGUACCCAUGUUACCUCUAGAAGCAUAAAGAUGUGCAAAGUUGUAUUGCUAAAAUUAUGUUGUAUUUGUUUACUUUGCUUUAUAUAAUAUUUCUAAGUGUAAUUUGAGUCUGUCUGUUUUUAAGUCCUGCUAAACCAGGGGUUCCCAUCCUUUUUAUUUAUGCAUUAACUGAGGGGUCUGUGGACCACAGGUUGGGAACCUUGAUGGGAAACAAAGCAGGAGCUAUGGGAAAGGGGCUUUGGGCAUAGUGGAGAGUUCGGAUGAGGAUAGAGAAAGGAGUGGAGAGGUUAGGGCCAAGGGGAUGGAAGACACAGGGUUGACCUGAGGGGAAGGCCUCAGGUUGGGUGAGGUGAGAAAAAUCAGGGCCAUUUGUUUAAAUGUGCUGUUCUUUCAGAUAAGUGAGAGAUUAACCUGACAGGACAAGUAAGAGUGGUCUCUCGUUGGAAUAGAUUGAUAUAAAAUACGAAUAAGUGACAGACCAAGAGUCAAGGUUGUUCCGUGACCUUGGUGGGGGGGAAGGUAAUAGAGGAAUAGAUCACUGCAUGUUAGUUAAAGAGUUAGCAACAGAGUUUGGGGUGAUAAAUAUAAGCAUGUAAAAGACUGGCAAGGGAACAAUUAGAAUUGCCAAAUCCAUUGUUGACAAGGGUACAGACAAAGGAGCCGAUGGACUAAUAAAGGUAGAGUGGUGUCAGGUGGUAUUACUAAAGCGGAGGAACACUGUCUCAGUGAUGAAUGUGAUUUGGCUGCAAAAUCAUGAGUUAACGUGAAGACGGUCAUUGUCGACGUGGGUGCAUUCAAGCACAGCUAAAAAUGACGUGCGUUUACCAAUUUUGAUGGAUGCUGUGGUAUUUCAGUCUCCGUUCUGGAAAUGGGUUUUUCCGAUUGACCGACCUUGCUCAGGGUGGCUCUUUAUCUCCAGAGCCUUUGUCAAAUAACUGCUACCAACUCGCCCAAACUCUACCUUUUUAAAGCUUUGGAAUUGUUUUUGAACUUUAUUGUGUUCCUUGUAGUGGUGCAGAUCACCUCAUUUCUCCAGAUAAAAAUUUAUUUGCACCUGUAAGUGUAUAUGCACAAACCAUGGACACAAAUGAUCAAAGAUUGACCCUACUUAAGCAGGGCUAAUUUUGCCCCCUCUGACAUGGCAUUUUUAUUUCAAAGUAUAUGGCCCUCAUAGAAUGACUUGAAGAUGUUUUCAUGUUAUCAGACAGCAAACUCCUCAGUGAUCUCUGGUGUAAAUCACAUGAUUAGUAUUUGGUCAUUCUGGUAUUUUCACCAACAAUCUGAUGGGAUGGAGGGAGCUGCAGCUUUUCAAGUGAUUUCUGUUGAAUUUAAUUUCUCAUCCCUUUGGUAAACUCAAAUUCUGAGGCUUCGGUUUAGCAUAUUCAUUCUCCGGGGAAGAAGAUGGUCUUUGAUCACCACUAUUCACUGAGCACAGACAGCAGUGUUGGCUAUUUGAUCUCAUACCUUCCCAAUAUUCUGUCCCAUUUAUUCCACAGAACUGAACAAUAUAAGGGUUUGUAGCAGGCAGCCUACCAGAGUAUUAGAGUGGUGAUCAAGGACAUUCUGUACCAAAUGUUUUAUGUACAUGCUCUGUUAAUGUGUUUUCUCCAGCUACUAAGUACAAAAUAUUGCUUUUUUUAUAUAAAAAAAAGAUCUGCUCCAAUAUAUUCUCUUAGAAUCUCCAAAUGUAAAAAAAAAUCUCUUGAAAGUAUAUGCUACACUCAUGUGCAGGGCCAGUACUGAAACAAUACUUGGAGGGGAAAUUAAGAAGUGACUGCACUACAUAUACAAAUUUUAGAUAUUAGAAUUCUGUUGUUUCAAUAUAGUUGGCACUUUAUGAACAAAACUGCAUGUGGUUUCCCACUAUCUCUUAACUGACAGUAACAGGGCCAGAAUGGAAAGUUUACCAUUUGUAAAGUCUCUGUUGGAAUUGCAAGUUAGUAAAUGCUUUCAAUUUGGUCUUUUUGUGAAUUAUAUAUGAUUAGAUGUCUCUAUUUUGAGCCAACUGCCAACAAGAAAGAUCGUGUAUGAGACCCAGUACAGGAAACACUUGCCAAGUUCCCAGUAAGUCUUGUGCUUAACUCUGAGAAAGUUUUGUGGAAGAGAUUGAGGAAAAGGAAAGUGAAUAAAUCUUCUUGGAAUUUCUACCAGUCGCCCAAUUUUCUUUGUAAAUUCCUCUCCACAACCAUCAUCAAUUAGGCUGAGAAAAUAAGGUAUUUUCCCUGGGAUUCCCAACUUUUUUUACGCCAUGAACCCCUGCAGUAAUCGAGAGGUCUGUGAUUGUCUUUGAGAAUCUCUUUCCAGUGUUGAAAAGCUCACUAAGAGUGUAGGCAAGUUCAGGUGAUCACCAUUUCUACUCUGGUCGUCUUCAUUGCUAUGGGAAAUCACACAGAGCACUGAACACACUCAGGACUGAUGAUGUUAAACGCUCCUGAACAGCUCAACCCAGUACCAAGGAAGGGUGAUGUGAAAAAGGAAGGAGAUCGGAUACUUUUUUUAUGCUUAAGAUGUGCUCUCUGUCUAAUUUGAUGAAACCUAGAAUUUUUGUUUCUUAGCUCCUAAGAUGAUCUAUCCCAGCCAAUGGCAUCCCCAGCAUGAGAGGGUUUGAGGCGGGGUAGUACACGAUUUCGAGCGCUUCUUGACCAAUCCCAUUGCACCUUAGCACUUGGAUUUUUUUUGAAAAUAGAUAUUUGUAUUUUUCUGCUAUGCAGGAGAUUUGUAGACGUAAAAGUCACCCACACCAGGUGAUGCUGUUGUUAACUCCUUGCUGUGCAGCCUUUUUCACUGGGUUUGAUUGCUUUUCCCUUGUAAACUCUGGUUACAACAUUGAUUUGCUUUCUUUAACCAAAAAGGAAGGAAGAAAAUAUCAUUUCUUUUUAACUCUGAUAGAAUGUAAUCUGGAAAUAAUACUGUGGGGGGGGGGGGGGGGUAGAAUGUACUAUGUCCAUUGUGAAAAUGGCAAUUUGCCUCUAUCUCAACAGUCGUCAGUACAGCAAAGGUCAGUCAUGUUGACAAGUUCUCAUCCUCUGUUUAAUGAUUGCUGUGUGUUGACUUUGAGCUUAAUCACGUGCUUAUGCCACUAAAGACAAUGAUUCCUUAUCUCGUAUGAUGCCUUCAAAUGAUUUCAUUACCUAGACCACACGGACCCAAAAUAAUACUGAAAUAACCAGCAUCCAUUUGUUGAAUGGUCACUAACUUGACCCUGUGUUUCCGAUACAAAUGUGAGUUAAGUAGUUUUCCUAAUUCUGAUAUGUACAGCAGUGCAGGUUAAUGUACUAAUGUAAUCAUGACUCAUGCAUGGUACAAAACUUUGUGUAUAUGUUGUCAUAAAAAUAAAAAUGAUUAUAAACCAAGGUUUUUUUAAUUGAAUUGACUUUAUUUCUUGCAUCUUUCACAUACGUGAGGUGUAAAAAUCUUUACCUUAUGUCUCCGACUGAAUAUGCAAUGUACAAAUUACAGUAACUUGUAAUAAAUAGUAUGUACA